CUCCACAGUCAAGGAAAACGGCACCUUCGGUGUUCAUGAAGAAUUUCGCAGCUUGCUAACAUGUUCAAAUUGCAUUAUUUAUUAUUUUCCGCCCAAUUUUUUGGUAAUGGCUACAACUAUAGUUAGGUUUUGAAAAGGAAAAAAGAAAAACUAAUUUGCACGUUUACACCAGCGCAAGUUAGAAUGGAGAGAAGACAAUCUGAACGCUGCCGACCGAGAUCAAUGACCCUUCAGUUGAGGGAGUCAGCACACAAAGCGUUAACUUUGUUAAGGAGGAAAGUGAGUCGUCUUGAUUUCAGAGAACAUGAAGCAAAAGAAGCGUGCGAUUGGCUCCGAGCGGCUGGAUUUCCGCAAUACGCGCAUCUCUAUGAAGAUGGUCUGUUUCCCCUCGACAUUUCCUCUGUCAAAAAAGACCAUGAUUUUCUGGACCAAGAUUCACUGAAAUCUCUUUGCAGGAGGCUGACCGUGUUGAACAAGUGUGCCUCCAUGAAGCUAGAAGUGCACUUUCAGAGGAAAGAGAGUGAAGAUUCAGAAGAAGAUGAUCUCUGUGCCAUCAGCGACCGGUGGGCGUUCCAGCGCGACAGCAAAAGAUGGUCCCGAUUGGGCGCCCUCUCUUACCCCUCCCCCCCCUCCUCCCCGGGGGCGGAGCGUGCGCAGACCUCCGAGGGGGAGUGGGGCAGCAGGGAGAGUGACCUCAGCGACCUGGGCGCGGCCUCGUUGCUCAGCAACGGCAGCCUGGGCACGCAGAGCGCCCAUGUCACCUCCUCCAACUCGACCGUGGCCUCCUCUUCCUACCACAGUGACCCGCCCCCCGCCCGGCCCCGACCCAAGAGACGCACCAAGAGCUUCCUGCGCAGGAUCGAGUCCUUCCGCCGCCGGGAGAGAGAGAGGGAGGGCCAGAGCGAGAGGGCGGCGGCCUGCGCUGAGGACACGCCCCUUCACGCCGGUGUAGACACGCCCCCUCCCGCCGGUCUGGCGUGCACGGCCGGCGACAGCCUGCCCGGAGGUGGGGGGAGGAGCCGGUUGCCGUUUGCGCGACGGGCGCUGACCCUGGGGAAGCCCUCGACCGCGAACGGAGUGAACCUCGCUAGCCGUAGGGCGAAGACCCAGAGCGGCGGCCCGUACCUGGAGGAUUUCCGGGUCUUUCCGAGCUCCCCAGACUCCCCGGAGCAGAGGGGGAGGGGCCGGCUGGGGAACGUGGUGCACCUCCCUCCGGACCACACGCCCGGAACCUUCCCCAGGUCCCUGUCUGUGGAGAGCUUGUGUCCCCCUGCCGCGGGCGAGGAACUGGAUGGGGUCUGGCAGUUGGGCGGAGCCUCGCUCGAAGCGUGCGCGGGGGCGGCGGAGCCGGCCGAUUCGCCGGGAGCGACUGUCUGGAGGCGGGGCUCCUGCGGCUCGGUGGGGAGCGUUUACGACAACGUUCCCGACCCCCCCCUGAACGGCACGCCCCAGGAAAUCACCCAGCACCUGGACGACAUCCUGCAACGCGUCCAAGGCCUCCAGCAGAGCCUCCACAUGUGGUCCCGCAAGAUCUGCCCCGAAAUGGAGGAUGAGGAGGACGGGGAGGACGAGGAAGAGGAGGGCAGCCUCGUUUCGGGGGGCACGGUGGAGACGGUCCGCACCCCCAGCCUCCAUUUUGAGGAGCAGUCCAUCUCGGACGUGGGCACGGCGGCCAGCGACGUGGACAGCACGGGAAACUCGCUGAACGAGGCUGAGGAGCUGGAGAUGAGGGAACGCCGUGAUUCUGGAGUGGGGGCCUCUCUGACCAGGCCUAACAGAAAGCUCCGCUGGCACAGCUUCCAGAACUCGCACAGGCCCAGCCUGACGUCUGCGUCUCUGGAGAUUAACCGGCAGGCCGCCGCGCAGCUGAACCUGCUGCAGAAGUUCUCCCUGCUCAGACUCACAGCCACCAUGGAGAGGUACUCUGUACCCAGCAAACAGGGCUGGAGCUGGACUGUGCCGAAGUUCAUGAAGAGGACCAAAGCCCCGGAUUACAGAGAUAAGAAGGUGUUUGGAGUGCCCCCGCUGGUCAAUGUGCAGCGGAGCGGGCAGCCCCUGCCCCAGAGCAUCCAGCAGGCCAUGCGCUACCUCCGCAGCCGCUGUCGUGACCAGGUUGGAAUAUUCCGGAAGUCGGGUGUGAAGUCCCGGAUCCAGGCACUGAGAAGAAUGAACGAGAGUUCCCCGGAUCAUCUGGACUAUGAGGGCCAGUCCGCCUACGAUGUGGCUGACAUGCUGAAGCAGUACUUCCUGGACCUGCCAGAGCCCGUGUUCACCUCCAAACUCACAGAGACCUUCCUGCAAAUUUACCAGUGGGUUCCUAAGGAGCAGCGGCUGCAGGCUGCCCAAGCUGCGGUCAUCCUGCUGCCAGACGAGAGCAGGGAGGUGCUGCAGACACUGCUGUACUUCCUGAGUGACAUCGCCUCCGCCCAGGGCAACCAGAUGACUGCAGGGAACCUGGCCGUGUGCCUGGCCCCCUCCAUCUUCCACCUCAACGUCUCCAAGAAGGAGGGCAGCUCACCCAGACUGAUUCACGGGAGGAGCACAACCAGCAAGCCGGAUCACAGGGAUCUGAACGAGAACAUGGCUGCCACUCACGGUCUGGGUCACAUGAUCGCGGAGUGCAAGAAACUUUUUCAGAUCCCCCACGAUAUGAUGCUGAAGUCCCGGAGCUCGUACCUGGCAGCGGACACCCACCCCCUCCCCCUCCACGGGCUGGGCAUCAACCUGAAGGGUGAGCCAGUGGACUACCGGGCCUUCCUGGAGGACAGCGUCCAGUGCCUGCUGAGAGAGAUGAUGGAGAAGAGCCGUGGCUGGCACAGUGCCACCGCCCCUGACAACACAGAGCUGGCGUACAAGAAGGUGGGAGACCGGCCCCCUCAUCGUCUGUGGAGGGCCUCGACGGAGGUGGAGGCCGGCCCCGGCACUGUGCUGCGCAGAGUUCUGCGUGAGCGUCACCUGUGGGACGACGACCUGCUGCACGGCCGCGUGAUCGAGGCCCUGGAGAGCAACACGGAGGUCUUCCACUACGUGACCGACAGCAUGGCGCCCCACCCCCGCAGGGACUUCGUGGUCCUGAGGCGUUGGCGCAGCGACCUGCCGCGGGGAGCCUGUCUGCUGGUGUCCUCGUCCGUGGACCAUGAUGCAGUGCGGCUGGAGUCGGGGCUGCAGGCGCUGCUGCUCACGUCGCGCUGCCUGAUCGAGCCAAUCGGACCUGGCCGCUCCCGCCUCACCCACUACUGUCGGGCCGACCUGAGGGGUCGUUCUCCCGAGUGGUAUAAUAAGGUGUUUGGACACCUCUGUGCAGUGGAGGUUGCUAGGAUACGGGAUUCCUUCCCGGUCUUCAGCCGGGGCCCUGAGGUGAGACUGUAGAGCUCUUGUCAGUCCGAGCUCAGGCUUGCACAGGCUCUGCUGUCACAACCCGAGCGAGGGUGUGAAUUUAGCACUGCGGCAGUGAACAUGCGCCCGACUUGGCUGAACGACUAAGGCCUGGAGGUGCGCAUGGCCGACGUGCCAAGUCUCAGCGGUAAUACAACCCCCCCCGUGAGAGAAAAGUUCCCUCACACUCCCAAGAACUUUGAUGAGAAUUUGGCUUUGUGUGGUGUUUUGGCGGGACCCGUGGGCGGACAUGUCUGCGGGUUUGUAAAGUGGAGAGUGGAGAGUCGAAAAAGCAUGUGAAGGAAGGACGUAAGGACUGUGUAGAAGGUUGAGGAUACGAACGUGGAAAGAAAUGGCGUUUUUAAUGCGCCGGUCCUAAAAUGGAGGAUGAUGGAGGGACUGGGCUGGGUGAGGGGGAUUAUGGGAAGACUGGGUGGAACACAGGGGGAGAGGGCUGGAGCCUGCUCUCAUAAUGCACCUCAAUGUGAGAGUGCUGAUCAAGUAUCUCUUUUUCUCUCGCUCAUGGACACAGCUAGGAUAUGGACAGGUGGAUUCUGGGUUUAUAUUUAUACAUAAAUCAUCGUAGGGUUGUUGAUGUAGGAUCAAUUACGCCUCUUUGCUCUGGGAUAAGGUUGAAUAAAAAUGGAUAAGGUUAGGUAAUGGACAGGGCAGAAAUGAUCAGAUUGUUUUGUACAUAAUUUCUACAUAAAAAGUGGCUUCUGUUUCUGUGUAAUGUAUACAUGUCAUUAAUAAAUAAUAUGUAUAUUCACAGUAAGAAAAGCUUAAAAAAGAAAAACAAUGUACUAAUGGAUUGUCUAUUUGCGCGUAUAUAUUUUUGAUUGAGGAUACAACUUGAAAGAGGUUUUCCUAUGGUCAUCCAUUCCAUCAGAAGCCACUCCUUAGUGUAAAAGGAAACUGCCUUUUACGUUUUGGUUCUGCAAAUUAAAUUCAUGUUUUCAGAUCAUCUUUCAUUUGUCAUGUGGAAGCAAAUUCCCCUGAGCUGGCUAAUAAUGUCAGAAUAGGAACGCAGUCCCAUGAAUGAAGUCUGGUUGUACACUGAAUUCUACAUUGCAGUGUAUGUGUGAUGUUUCCAUUACUUGAAUUGCACAUUUGUACUAUACAGUCUUACAAGAAUCAGGGUUUAAGAUGGUGCUUCCUAACUCAGUUCAUAUCUAAACUGCCAUCUUGAUUUUUAUAAAGAAUGAAAAAUGGCUGCAGUCAUCACAGAUAGCAGGUAGUCAGACUUAUUUUUUCUACUUGCUGCUGCAUACAUGUCUUUCAUGUUGAGCUGCACUGCCAACACACAAAAAGGAAAAUAUAUGUUUUAUAAUAAAUGUUAUUGUUUUGACUUGAGUAAUGUAUGAGUUGUAGCUCAUAUUAAGUUGUUUAUUUUCUGUUAACUCUGUUUCAGGCAGUGGAGGUCACUAUGGUAUAUGAUAGUAGAAGUCAUAAGUAAAUACAUACAUGCACACACACACACACACACACACACACACACACACACACACACACACACACACACACACACACACAUACACACACACACACACACACACACACACACACACACAUACAUAAAAGGCCCCUCACAUGUCCCUCAGUUCUUCACUGAGAAAGGAGCCAUGGAAUCUGGCUUAAUGUUGCCAUUGUUCACUGAAUAUUUUAACAGUCCCAACUGGAAAUUGCGUCAUACUAUCAACUGUAUAUUAGUUUCAUCCAAUUAAUAUUCACGUUCACCUUGAUUUACAUUGUUUUUAUCGUAAAAUGCAGUACUCUCUACAGCUUAUAUACUGUAUGUGGCAAAUGUUCUUGUGUAAGGUCACUACAUAGCCUAUACACUAGAUGAUUUAUAGCAUAAUGAAUGGUUUAAAUAUAGUACAUAAUUUAUUCAAGGGCAAGGAUUAAAGGAAACCACAGUGCCUGGCCUCUGAUACUUUUUCCUUUUUUUCUCUUUCACUCCAAAUCAGCCAGCUACCCUGGAGUGAUCUUUAAACUGACAAGAUUAAGCAAUUUUACAGGCACUAACUAGGACGGAAAAACAUGAUUUGUAUGAUUAUUUAUUAACAUGAUAAUUGUAUGGUUUAUGCCAUAUCAAAAUGUUUGUAACCCGAUCAGAUAUAUUGCAUCUUGCACAACUGAUUGAAUCUUUUUUAUGAUGAUGGUGAUGAUGAUGAUGAUGAUGAUUAUUAUUAUUAUUAUUAUUAUUAUUAUUUAAACAAUGUAUGUUGUGUCCCUUGUACUAAAUUCGUUUUUGGCUACCUGUAUGAAUUAUAUUGAGGUGGAUGUAUAUGCACACAGUAACAAAAACAAUAAACAAUUAAAACCCU